UCUAUAAAUAUUCAUGCCACUUCACAACACUCUUCACAGCUUCACCACCAAAUUACAACUCCAAAUAGACUCAAGAUUACAUACACUUCUCAUUAUAAAUUUAUAACAACAUGGAGGCAGUUCAGUCAUGGGUUUCAAAGAACAAACUCGCCAGCAUUGGGGCAUUGUGGGCUUCUGGAAUUGGAGCAACACUUGUAGCUUAUUCAAGAGCUAAAUCUCCAAUGAAGCCAAGUCUAAGGCUUAUCCAUGCUAGGAUGCACGCCCAGGCGCUAACUCUAGCAGUGCUAUCAGGUGCAGCUGCUUAUCACUAUUAUGACAUUAAUCGUGAUGAUAUUCAUCAUCAUCAAAUACCAGUGGAAGAUAACUCUGCUCCAAAUGUUACCCACUUAGUUGAAUGGGAGCUCCAGCACAGUCCAUUUUAAGAUUACAACAAAUUAAUUACUAUGUAUUAAUUAUUAAUUAUAUCUUGUUAUCAUUAUGUUAUUGCGAUCUUGUUAUAUUAUAAAGAUCGUUGUGUUUUUUUUAUGUAUGAUCGGACUCCAGAACUGUGCAUCAUAUGUAUAUUCUGGAGAAUGACUUUCUAAUUUUCUAACUAAGGAUUAUACAAGUUUUCUGUUA